GUGUUUGUCGCAGUGUUGGCCGGCUCUGUUGACUCACAUGUGAUGAGGGCUGUACGAGCGCUUCUGGAUUUCGUGAUGGUGGCACAGUACCAUUCCCAAACAACUGAAACACUCACAUGCUUGCGGCAAUCACUGGACAAUUUCCACGCAAAUAAGCAGAUCUUCAUCACAUUGAAUGCGCGUACUCAAGAUCACUUCAAUAUUCCAAAGCUUCAUUCACUUCUUCACUACCUCAAAAAAAUCCUUGCUCUUGGCUUGCUCGACGGUCUCAACACUGAGAACACGGAAUGGCUGCACAUUGAUUUUGCUAAGAAAGCAUGGCGAGGUACAAACCAUAAAGACUAUGUCUUCCAAAUGGCGCGAUGGCUUCAACGACGCGAGUCAGUCGCCUGGUGGUCAGUGUACCUGGACUGGUGA